ACGGUGUACUAGGUACAUCACAUAUGUAGAUUCCCUUAGUCUCCCCACUAAUGAUAACUUAAAUUGGUUGGAUGGUUGACCUGGAUAGCGGAAAAGGAAAGAAUGAACUCUACCAACAACAUGCCAGCAAAGCUACCCCUGCAUUAAAGUUGCAUAUGCUAGGUACAUAACUCCCGACUUGUCCGCCGAGUUAUCCACCAAUUGGUUUUUGUUGCAUUUCUGUAAGCUCGGACCAACUAACUUUUCGCAACUUUCGCGAUAGAAACCAUCUGAUCCGAUCUGAUGUGACCUGGUAGAAAUUGAUUCCUCUACAUACAGCUUCGCUCGCAGAUCCCCCACAUCUGGUCAAUAUGCCAAGCUCAUGUAAAGAAAUAAGAGCCGCACUGGCGGAAUGCCUGCAAGAGUCGGAUUGCGUGAUGGUACAGCGGCAUACCGCAGCCGAAUGUCUGCGCUCACCGCUGUCCGAGACCCUCCCGAUGAAGUGCCAACAGCUGAAGAAGGGCUUUGGCGAGUGUAGGAGGGGCAUGAUCGAUAUGCGCAAGCGGUUCCGCGGGAACCAACCCAUCACCUUCAAGAGCCUCGAAACGACCGAGCAGUCGGGAGAAGGAUACCAACUUUAUGCCGGAAGAUCCGCUUUCGCCGGCUCCGUCCGUAAAACCGACGGGAACGAGCCUGAGCCCAAGGACUGGCGAGAAUUAGAGAAUGAAAAGUACCGAAAAGAACAGGAAUCGCAAAAGAAAUAAAAUGAGAUAUACCAUACAAAAGAUUGGGCGGGAUAUAUCACAGCAAGCAUUUGACGGCGUUGGGGUUGGAUUAGCAUAUCUGAGUGUGUCAAAACCGGUUGUUUAUAUCUUCAGGUACGGCUUGCAAUGGGUCAACUCUGCUCAGACGGUAAAAAAUCAUAUGGCAUGACGCUGUCUCUCAGCCUUAUUCCCUACGAUCUGAAUCAAACCCUAAGUCUAUCUUCAGUCUCUGGGUAUACUGGUUCUACUGACAUAGGCAAAUACUCAGUUAGCGUCUUGAGCUCGGGUUUUUUUACGUCUGACAGGUAUUCACACGGACACUAUAACCUGCUCUAUAUAUCAAACAGAUAUACCCGAUCCUCUUGGGGAGGUCCGAAAGCUGCUAGUCAUAAGACCGAGAUGACUUAGUUAGUCAGCCGUACGCUUCUAAUGGUAUCAAGCGACGAUCAAAAUCGCUUAAAAUCAUCACAUGUGUAAUUGUAAUUACCUAAGCGUCACGCCCCCUUUGUAAUGAGACAAGGAUCUACUAGAUCGGCCUUGGCAAAAACUCAAGACUCC